GCAAGCCGUUGUGCUUUUGGCAAUUAGUCUCGACGAAACCCAACGACUGAGAACCAAGUGAACUCAGAUAAAAUAAAAGAAAUGAAAUUCGCAAUUGUUCUACUGGCGGCCAGCAUUGCCUGCAUCAGCGCACAGGGCCCUGGAGCUCCUGCUGCAAAUCCCCUUGCCGGAAAUCCCUUUGCCGCCGCCAAUCCGUAUGCGGCUGCCUUUAAUCCCUUCCUAAAUGGAAUUUUCGGAGGAGCUGGCACUGGAGCUGCCGCCGGAGUAGCCGCUCCCGUGGCACCAUCUGCUCCCUUUGGAGGCGCCUCGAUUUCCUCCUUCUUCCAGUCGAUAGUCCUGCAACGCGAAGCCGAGCGCCUGCUUUCCCAGCCUGACUUCCCCGCCGACCUGGCGGAGCGCGUCCUGGAUGUGGUGGCCACCUCGGAGGAGUCGAUCAGUGGCUGCAACAACGCCACUUUGCCCUGGCUGCAGAUCCGCUGUGUCAAGCCUCUGCUGACCACGGCCAAGAACCAGCUGAAGGUCAUCGACGAUGAGUGGCAGGCACGUUUGGCCGCCACCGCUAGUCCUGCUGGAGCAGCUGCUGCCUAGGAUCCUCUCGCUGUCCUCCCGCUGCCUUAGUGUCCAAUACUUCCUAGCUUAGCAAUCGACCAACAUAGAUGCAAUAAAAUUUAAAUAAGCUUAAUGCCGGAA